CGUCCAUGCGCACAGAACGCCGCGGGCAGUCUCAAUAUGACGAGAUACGAUAAUUGCGAAAAUUCUUAACCUAAUAAAUAAUUCUCUCUUAAAAAAAACAGUGCAAUCACGUAAAAUCCAAUAGUCAGUGAAAAAUAAUUGAUUGAAGAGAAUUUAGCGUGUGGAUUUUGAUCUUGACCAUCAAAAACACUUCGAUUGUAUCUCUGAAACGGGAAUGGGAGUAUCAGAUACAUUGAAUUAUGUUCUGUUUUCUAAUCCCGUCAGCUCGAGUACCGGUUGGUUUGCGAAAACUGCUGCAUCAGCUGUAAGUCGCUGUUAUUUUUUAAUAAAAAUCCCACCAGUGCCGAACAGCUGCAGAGUGGGGAUGACAUGGAGAUGAGGGGAAGGUGAUAGUGACCGCCGCGCUGUCUCGUGCUGCCUGAGAGAAAUUGUCCCCUGUUUUUGGUUUGACAAUGCCUGCUUGUAUCAUAUCUUAGACACCCCCAUUGAAUGUGGCGUCCUCCCUCUCUUGGGGUGCAGUACUACGAUGCCGCUGGGGUCAUUCAAACCCCCCUAACUGAGCCUCUACUUCAGUCAAUCCUCUUUGUCUACUUCAGUGCAUUCCAUUCAAAUAAUCACCAAGACGUCAUGACAUGCAACAUGCAACAUCUGCGCUCGCAUUUGUGCACCGGUUGCACCGAGAGUUAAUAAAAAAUGGCGGUAGAAUGUAGGAGUUUGUUAUGAGUAGAAAAAUAACUAAAAUUAAUCAAGAAUAAAUUAAAAAUAUAAACCGAAUAAAAAGUGUACGAGUUUCAUCGACUAACCAUGAUUGUGAACAUUGGAGCGAAUCUGCGGAUUCACAGGCUAGGAUUAUGCACAACAAUAAUUCUCUUGAUUCUCCUGUAUCUCUACGCUAUUCGUCAGUCAUCGUAUUACGCCUCAAAAUCGAGUAAUGAUUUUGUCUCCUUGAAAUUGUUGUUAGCUGGUGCUAUAAAAGCAGCUGAGGUUGGGGGUGUUGAGGUGGUUGGAGUCCAUGAAAAAUCCAAACUUGGGAUUGAGAGUAAGGGAAAAACCAAGGAGGGAAUCGAUGAUCCCGUCACAUUGGCGGAUUACAGGUCUCACUGUGCUAUGUACAAUUAUUUGUCUUUGGCAUUUCCAUCGGUGACUGUUAUCUCCGAGGAGAGGAGCAAGGAUUGCGAUGAGGUGGUCAGACCCAGUGGUACUGAGGAGUCGAUGGUUCUGGAGCAAAUCGAUUCUGGAUGGGAUGUUGCUGUUGAUCCAGAGCAUGUCACUGUCUGGAUUGAUCCUCUCGAUGCUACCAAGGAAUAUACAGAGAGUUUAUUGGAGUACGUCACUACGAUGGUUUGCAUUGCUGUAAAGGGCGUUCCAGUUAUUGGAAUUAUUCAUAAGCCCUUCAUUCCCAAGCAGACCUAUUGGGCUUGGGCUUUCCAUGGAUCUUCCAAAAAUUUACAAAGUUUUUCUUCUAAAAAAGUACCAAGGGAUCCUAUCUUAAUCGUCUCGAGAUCCCACGCUGGAAAAGUCCACAAUGCUUCCAAGACAGCCCUAGGCGAGAAUGUGAAAAUAAUAUCAGCGGCAGGUGCUGGAUACAAAUUUCUGGAGGUUGCAGUUGGAAAUGCCACUGCAUACGUUCAUAUGACAGCUAUCAAAAAGUGGGAUGUGUGCGCUGGUGCAGCUAUUAUCAAGGCUCUUGGUGGUACUGUAUCCUCACUAUCAGGUGAUACUCAACUAGAUUUUGGGGCCACUGACUCAAUGGUUCUAGAAGAUGGACUCCUGGCGACGAUGAGGAGUCACAAGUGGUACCUGGACAAGUUCAACAAUAUUUGAAAUUCAUUCAUUUCCUUCCAUCACGGAUAAACUCGUCGAAAUCAUUGACUGACAUCUCAUCAUCUCCAAAACUAGUCACUCGUAUCAAGCAUCUUAAUUAUCAUUGUAAUCAACUAUUCCAAGAGGUGAAAUGUCCACCGAUAAUUAAUCAGGGAAGAAAGGGAUUCCGUGAAUUUUUGUCUGGAGAAUUGUAAUUAAAUUUUAUAAACGACUGUUCAAUUCGUAGCUACCUAUUAGCCGAAUGCUCCGAAUAGCGAGCGAUAGAAUAAAAAUAUAAUGACGGCAAUUGGUGAA